AUGGCCUCUGUGCCAGGAAAGUACGAUCAUCUUCCUCUGGCCAACAAAGGGCCGCUCAAGGUCCCGCUGUCCGGCCGACUCCUUCUGGACAACCCACUUUACAACAAGGGAACCUGCUUCACCUCCCAGGAGCGGCAAGACUUUGGCCUCAAGGGGCUUCUGCCCACCAACGUCCAGAAGCUGGAUGAACAGGUGGAGCGUGCUUAUCAGCAGUAUUGCAACCAGCCGGACGACUUGCAAAAGAACACCUUCAUGACCUCCAUGGCCGAACAGAACACCGUCCUGUAUUACCGCCUGAUCCAGGACCAUCUGAAGGAAAUGUUCAGCAUCAUCUACACUCCCACCGAAGGCGAUGCCAUUGAAAAUUAUUCGCGCAUUUUCCGUCGCCCUACCGGGUGCUUCUUGAGCAUCAAGCAUCCCGACGAGGUGGAAGAGCGACUCAGUAAAUUCGUCAAGGCCAACGAUCCCGAGGCCGGGGUGGACUACAUUGUCGUGAGCGACGGCGAGGAAAUCUUGGGAAUCGGCGAUCAAGGCAUCGGGGGCAUUUUGAUCAGUGUUGCGAAGCUGGCUCUCAUGACCAUCUGCGCCGGCCUCCACCCGGAUCGCACUCUCCCGGUGGUGCUUGAUACCGGGACCGACAACGAGACGCUUCUCAACGAUCCUCUCUACCUUGGCAAUCGUAUAAACCGCGUCCGGGGCCAAGCCUACGACGAUUUCGUCGAUAAAUUCAUCAAGACAGCCAAGAAGCUGUAUCCUAACGCCUACAUUCAUUUUGAAGAUUUUGGAAUCAAUAAUGGCCGCAGGCUACUCGACCGAUACCGCAACGAAAUCGCCGUGUUUAACGAUGACAUUCAGGGUACGGGCUGUGUGGCUCUAGCCGCCAUCAUGACCGGCCUACGGAUCAAUCAGGUCAAAUUGAGCGAUUUGCGCGUACUUAUUUUUGGUGCCGGCACCGCUGGUUGUGGCAUAGCGGAACAGGUGCAGGCCGCCAUCGCGGCGGAAGCGAGCAAAAGCAAGGACGAGGUAGCAAGACAGAUCUGGUGCAUCGACAAAGCCGGCGUUCUACUCGACAGCAUGGGCGACGAUCUUUCGGUCGCCCAAAAGCCUUUUGCUCAAAAGUCUUCUGAAUGGGAAGGAAAAGACACCAGAUCCUUGCAGGCAGUCAUCGCCGAGGUCAAACCACACGUCCUGAUAGGCACCUCGACCAAACCCGGUGCAUUCACCAAGGAAGCCGUGCAAGAAAUGGCCCAGCAUGUGGAAAGACCCAUAAUCUUCCCCCUCAGCAACCCAACGCGUCUACAUGAGGCCAAGCCUGAAGAUCUCAUCCACUGGACGGACGGCCGCGCCCUAGUGGCUACCGGCUCCCCCUUCCCCCCUGUCGAGUACAACGGAGAAAAGAUUGAAGUGGCAGAAUGCAACAAUUCCGUUUGUUUUCCCGGAAUUGGACUGGGCGGGGUGUUAUCUCGCACCAAACUGGUGACAGACAAAAUGCUGGUGGCGGCCGUAACGGCGUUGGCAAAGGAAGCCCCGGCAUUGCACGAUCCCACAAAGGCACUCGUUCCCGAUGUUGAGGAUGCUAGACGUGUCAGUUUGAAGAUUGCCAUGGCAGUUAUCCGUAGUGCCGUGGAGGGAGGGCUGGCACAAGCAAGCGAUAUCCCGGUCGAGAGCGAGGAGGAUCUGGAAGAAUGGGUCAAAGUCCAGAUGUGGGCUCCCGAGUAUCGACCGUACGUACUAGGACAAUGGGACGGAUUGCCAGAAACCUGA